AAGGUCUAUAAAUCCCCUGUUCUAAAGUCUAUAUAGAAUCUAAUUCUGUUUUUCUUUCUUGUAUGUGAAAGAUCAUAGUAAUUUUUAAGUCAAUAAUGCAGCUAACUGUAGUUCUGUCCCUCAAGUAUAAAGUCUAGAACUUGACAAAACACACAGGGGUUUUGCUGUUCUUGAAUUUUUAUGAGUCUUGAAGUUCAUCCAUGAAUUCACCUGAGGUUUUGGUAUCACUGACCCUUUUGGUUUUGGUCAGUUUGAGCACUUUGGUGUGCUGCAAAAGGCCUGAUAGUGUGAAUGUUGGAGCAAUAUUGAGCUAUGAUACAGUCAUUGGGAAGGCUGCGAAGAUAGCCAUGGAAAUGGCUGUGGAUGAUAUUAACAAGGAUCCAUCAAUUCUUAAUGGAACUGAGUUCAAGUUGAUUAUGGAAGACUCUAAUUGCAGUGUUUUCUUGGGCUCAAUGAAAGCAUUUCAGGUGAUUGAUAGAGAAGUGGUUGCAGUUCUUGGCCCUCAGUCCUCUGCAGUAGCUCAUAUGAUAUCUCAAAUUGCUACAGCACUUCAAGUUCCUCUUCUCUCAUUUUCUGCAACCGAUCCGACUUUAUCUUCCCUCCAGUUCCCUUACUUCUUACGUACGACACAGAGUGACUUGUACCAAAUGGUUGCUAUGGCUGAUUUGAUUGAAACUUACAGGUGGAAAGAAGUUAUUGCUAUCCAUGUGGAUGACGAUUAUGGAAGGAAUUGUAUAACUGUUUUAGGUGAUGAGCUGCAGAAGAGAAAGGCAAAGAUUCAUUACAAACUACCCUUGCCCCCUCAAUAUGAUCUCAACGAUAUCACUGAUGUUCUUAAUAGAUCUAAACCACUAGGUCCACGGGUUUAUGUGAUUCAUCUUAAUCCUGACCCAUUGUUCAGGAUCUUUAACAUAGCUGAAAAGCUUCAUAUGAUGACGAACGAUUAUGUGUGGCUCACCACAGAUUGGUUUUGUACUACUUUAGGUACAUUGUCCCCCAAAAAUAAAGUCCCUCUGAAAAUGCUCCAAGGUGUAGUAGGCCUUCGUCAAUAUACACCAGAGAAAACCAGGGAAAAGUCAUUUCAAUCUCGAUGGAUAGAAAUGCAGGAUAAUGGGUUGAUUUCCUCAGAGUUAAAUUUUUAUGGACUGUAUGCUUAUGACACAGUAUAUACAGUAGCACAUUCUAUCAAUAAAUUCUUGGAUGAUGGGAACAAUAUAACAUUUGCUGUGAGUGAUAAGCUACAAAAUGUGAAAGAAAGUGAAAUACAGCUUGGGAAGCUUAGAACUUUUGUUAGUGGAGAUAAUCUGCGUAAGAUACUAUUGGAGACAAACUUUACUGGUCUGACGGGAAAAGUUGAAUUUAAUUCUGACAGGAAUUUAGAGCCCUGCAGUUACGAAAUCAUUAACAUUGUGCAAAUGGACAUUCGUGCUGUUGGUUAUUGGUCUAACACUACAGGAAUCUCCAUAUCACCUCCGGAAUUUCUCAAACCUGUAAACACUAGCUUCUCUAGUUGGGAUCAGAAACUUGGGAAUGUUACUUGGCCUGGUGGAAGGAAAGAAAGGCCGCGAGGGUGGGUGAUUGGAGAUGAUGAAAGGCCGUUGAAAAUUGGAGUUCCUAAAAGAGCAAGUUUUGUUGAGUUUGUAACUGAAUUGGAAAAUCACACGGUACAAGGAUAUUGUGUAGAUGUGUUUCGUGAAGUGCUAAAGCUAGUGCCAUAUGGUCUUCCCUUCAACUUUGUGCCUUAUGGAGAUGGUCUGGUUAAUCCCCACUACGAUGAUAUUGUGAGAUUGGUCCAAAGUGAAGAGUUUGAUGCGGCAGUUGGUGAUAUUGCUAUUGUCACAAACAGGACAAUGAUCGUUGACUUUACUCAGCCAUACAUUUCCACCGGACUUGUCAUAGUAGCUCCCAUCCGGAAUUCAGAUUCAAGUGCAUGGGUCUUUCUUAAACCUUUUACAUGGGAGAUGUGGGCUGUAACUGCAGCUUCCUUUGUGAUGAUUGGUAUUGUUAUCUGGAUUCUGGAGCAUCGUGUCAAUGACGAUUUUCGUGGUCCUCCAAAGAGGCAGAUUAUAACAAUGUUCUUGUUCAGCAUGUCGACGCUGUUCAAGACUAACCAGGAAGAUACAGUAAGUCCACUCGGAAAGAUGGUAAUGGUGGUCUGGCUUUUCUUGUUAAUGGUGAUUACUUCUAGCUAUACAGCAAGCUUGACCUCAAUCCUUACAGUCCAGCAGCUUCCAUCAUCCAUAACUGGGAUUGAAAGUUUAAUUGCAAGUAAUUUACCCAUUGGUUAUCAAGUUGGUUCAUUUGCCUACAAUUAUAUGACAGAUAGUCUCAGUAUAUCUCCAUCAAGACUUAUUCGUUUGAAUACCCCUGAAGAUUACGAAAGGGCACUAAGAAAGGGGCCAAAAAAUGGAGGCGUGGCAGCCAUAGUCGACGAGCUUCCAUAUGUUGAAUUAUUUCUGUCAAACCAGACUGACUUCAGAAUUGUUGGUCAGUCCUUCACAAAAAGCGGAUGGGGAUUUGUUUUCCAGAAAGAUUCCCCUCUUGCAAUUGACUUGUCCACCGCAAUUCUAAAGCUUGCUGAGGACGGAGGACUUCAAAAGCUCCACAAUAAGUGGUUCUGUAAAAAAGGUUGUGCAGGGAGCAGGCUACACGACGCUGAACCUAACCAGCUGAACUUCAGUAGCUUCGUAGGCUUAUACAUAGUAUUUGGUUCUGUCACUAUAUUAGCUUUUACCAUAUUUUUGUUGCGAACUACUCGUCAGUAUAUCCGGUUAAAGAAAAAAGAAAGAGAUCCUUCUUCUCCGCUCUCAGCAAAGACCAGCUUCUAUAAGAAAUUAAAUGACUUUUUCGACUUCAUCGACGAGAAGGAAGAAGCAAUCAAGCGCAGAUUUAGGGGUGAUCAUCCUGCCCCUCAAACGACGAGCAGUUCAGAGGGAUAAAAAUCAUAGUACUAGACAUAUACUGGUAUGUACAUAUUUUCUCACUGUAAUAACUAAUACCUAUAGUUCCAAACUUAUAUUAUGAAGCAGAAUUUAAACAUAGUAUGGUAAGACUUUCCGGU